AUGGCGACGGCAGCACCAGGCGUGAGCAUUCCUAUGGUUGCCAAUCCUGCCAUCCCCAACACAGCUCAUCUCUCCAAUGGAAGCAACGCCGCCAACUCUAACAGCCCUAACACUCCCUCUCAAGCCGUAGGCCAAAACAUUUCUGUGGUUCAGGCGCCACCUUCUGCGGCAACUACCAUCAACCAAGCUAGCGCACGUUAUUCUUCACUUCCAAGCAUCUCUCAAGUACUGAGUACAAUUCUUGCCGUGGCUUUUGGUAGUGCUGGUAUCUGGUUUAUGUAUAGGACGGACAGAAUUCAAGUAUGGACAACAAAGAAGGAUGAGCGAGAAUACUGUGCAGGCUUGAAUGACAUUUCAGUAGCUCCACAAUGUCUUACUGUUCUAGCCUCUCCUCUAGAGCCCCGGCCGUACACGUCCAUGAUCAAAAGAUGGACACCGGGCUUGACAAAUGACGCCAGUGUCUCGUCAGCGUCCUGGAUGAGCUUAUCUACUCACUUCGCUACUGCGUUAUUCGUGCCGCUCCUCGCUCUCAAAUGUGUCAAGAUCCUUUUGACACAUUACAGGACUGGUGGCGGUGGUCUGACUAACUCGGAAGCUUCGGCACUGGCGGAGAGACUGCUCGAAGAAGUCUCCCGGGGGCAAGACGAAGUUUCACGCCAUGUUUCCAAAGACAAUCAAGCUGUGAAGCCUCUGAAGAUGGGUGACGCAGCUCUGGUCGUCCCUGAAGUUUCGACUCUAGCUGAAGAGCCAGUGAACGAGGUAUUACUAGUUCACGGCGAAAAUGUUAGCCAUAUCUCCAGGGACAAUCCAGAAUCAACUCUACGUCGGCGGAUUCAUAACAAGCCAGAGAAUGGCAACGAAUCAGAGUCAUCCUCUCAUUCGAUGUACUCUACCACCUCGGCAGCGUCUUCAGUCUCUCAUAUCUCGAGGGACAACUCUCUUCAUAUUGCCGUCCUUGCUGUUGCCCAAAUCCUCGUCAACGAUCCAUUUGUCAAGGAGCUGUGUGGCCUUGCAAUAGUAAAGCUAGGUGAGAGUCGAUUCCAUAGGAACUUUGAACGACUGCUGCGGCAAUAUGCUUUGGACCUAAUGGUCGAGGCGAAGUCAAGGUUGCAUUUACAGGGCAUCAGACUCGUCCGAAUGAGCACUACUAGGAUCGCCUCUACCGUUCUUGGAGUACUUCGUCAGAUUGAUCCUUUACCUGCUUCUGGACCCGAGGCCCGUACUCUGCAAAGAGAUAGACUUGAAACCUUCAUAAGAGAUCAGCAAAUCAUAAAUGAUAGCAUGCCCGAAUCUUUGAAAUCUCGCCGAGCAGGAGUGGUAAACUUUCUCCAGUUCCGAAGUUUCUUUAACCUCGGUUUGAUGACCACGUUGGCGGGCGAACCAGUUGUAGACGAUGAUACUGAUAGCGACGAAUCCGACAACGGCCAUGACGGCCUAGGAGUCUAUGGCUUGGAUGCAACGGCGAUUAAAGAUGUAACAGAAUUCCUCACCACAACCCAAGCUUUCUGGAAUUUGAGAGACAAUUUCAGGAAGUUUCUGUUCCCUGAAGCAUGGACCGUGUAUCAAAUGGGUAUGCGGAGCAUAAUAGCUCAUCGGUCUCCAAAGAUGCUUACCAGUGGAGGACAUGGGGAUCAUGACGGGUCUGAAAAAGUCAAACUGGGCUGA